AUGUUGGAACGUGCAAUGAUCCUCGUAUUAAGUCUGUCGAUGAUUGAGGCCUCCAUACACACACACCCUUUCGCCAGAUUCGAAAAAACCAACAUCAUAGACUAUAAAUGUGAUAAAUCCUGGAUUAUUGAAAUUUUUGAGACAAGGAAUAUUUAUAAUUGUGGAUUGAAGUGUAAUGAAUUUGCAGAUUGUAGAAGGUUUUUAUUCUGUGAAACGAAAUCAAAAUGUAAACUGUAUUUGGAUGGUACCGAUUGUAUUCUUCGUGGUGAUGCUACAGGAUGUCAUUGUUUUAAAAAGCUAAUUAGUUGUAAUGGUACAAAAAUAACGUGUCCAUGGGGAUUUUAUGGGGAUAACUGUGAACACAUUGCCAAAGAUUGUGAAGACGCGAAUUCGAGAGGAAUGACUUCACACCAAAGCGUCGUUACCAGAAUAAAGCCAUUAGAGGCACCAGCAUUUGAUGUUUGGUGCUGGCUUAAGAUUCCGACCUCAGUGACGAUACUAAACCGUUAUCAGCAAUGCUCUACGGAAGAUUUCAAUCGAACCCUUCAAGAAUACGAACAAGGAUUUGGCAUCGUUCCAUGGGAUAAUUGGUUGGGUUUUGACAAAACUCUACAAGUUAUAAACAGUCAAAAAUCCCUUAAACUUCAUGUUCAUUUUACUGCUAACGAUUGGAAGAAAUGUUCCAUAUAUUAUAACGACUUCAAUUUGGGGAACGCCUCAACCCAAUACCGAUUCCAAACUACCAGUAAUUAUGAGACCGAUAGUCGACCGACAUGUGGUGACUCCAUAACAGGGUCGAAUAAUACCCUGGAUCUGAGAGGUCGACCAUUUUCUACGUAUGAUCAAGAUGAAACCUCUAAUGGUUGUGCUGCACAAUUCGGUGGUGGAUGGUGGUUUGCAGAUCAUCCCAACUGUACGGAUGGCUUUUUAACUGCUAAGGAAUAUUCUGAAAACUUUUGGAAGAAUUCCUUUUGGGGGCCAAAUAUGAAGAACAAAUUAUGA